AACAACCUUUUCCCAUCUUCUUCUCCGGCGAGCUUUGCCGGCGAAACUAAGACUUCGAUUCUCAAACUCGCUCUCCCUCUUGUUCGUUGUUCUUCACCGUCGCUAUCUUCCCUUAAUACGGUACACAAAUUUCUCUGAGAGGUGAGAGGUAUGAGUUCUGCGACUGCGAGUAGGGUUCAGUUUUGUGGUGCGGAUUUUGGGAAACUGUGUGGACGCCGCAGUAAUCUUGGGGAUCAUAGGAUUGAUUCUCAACUUUGUUUGGCUAAUAGAUCGAAAGGUGCGGAUAAAGUUUCCAAAGUUGGUGGUUGUUUGACCCUAAGUAGUGAUGUUCAUGGAAAUGUCUACAGUAAUCUGUUUCUUAGAAAGCCAGAAAGUGUUACAUUGUUGGGAUUUAGGUUACUUUGUCAAGAGAAUGAUUCUGGGGGAGCAAGCUGCGAGGGAGAUAUAACUGGGUAUGACCGAAAUAGUUUGGAGAAACUCUGGGGUAGACUGAAGAAUGCGAUUGACGAACUGAAAGCUGUUAGGUUCGAUAAUAACAUGAUCCACAGGAUUGUAAAAGAAUCGAUUGCACUGCAGGAUAAAGCAUUCCGUCUGUCAAAUGAUCUAAACCAAACCCCUGGCGUGGUUCAAGAGACGAUUGCUGAAGUAUGCAUAGCUAGAGAUGCUGUUCAGAAGGCUACUUUGGCACUAUAUUUGGCUGAAGCGUGGCUUCAGAUUCUAAUGAAACCACUUGAAGCAGCGGGGUACCAUGCUUCAGAAGUUGAUGAUGAAGUCUCAGAGGCGAUGAUUUGGGGUGAAAGAGCUACGGAAUUUGAACGUGAGGCCAAUCAAGAUGUGAAGUAUGCAGAGGCUGCUUUCCACAGAGCACUGAAGUCUCAUUUUGUUUCUCAAAUCCAAGAAACAAACCAGGGACAGUUGUUGGAUGGAAACACAGCUUUUCAAAAUGCCUUGAGUGACAUAGUUGAUGGAGUCUCAUCAGAAACCAGCUUGGGGAAACUCUGGGACGAUCUGCAUAAGGCAAUUAAAGAAUUGAAAAAUGUAAGGCUCAGGAACAAUAUGUGCAAGGAAAUCGCACAGGAAUGGAACUCACUGCAAGAUAAAGCAUCCAGUGUGUCGAAUGAUCCAGAAGUUCGUUUUGAGUAUGAGUCCCGUGCUUCAGAAGUUGAGGAUUUACUCUUAGCGACUAUGAUUUGGGGUGAACGAUCUGUGCAGUUUGAGCGUGAGGCCAGUCAAGAUGUAAGGGAUGCAGAGAAUGCUUUCCAGAGAGCACUGAAGUCUCAUUUUGAUUCUCAAAUCCGAAAAACAACCCAGGGGCAGUUAUUGGAUGGAAGCACUACUGUUCAGAAUGUCUUGAGUAACAUAGUUGAUGGAGUAUCAUCAGAAACGAGUUUGGAGGAACUCUGGGACAAUCUGCAUAACGCAGUAAAAGAAUUGAAAGCUGUUAGGUUAAGGAAUAACAUGAUCCAGACACUGGUCAACGAGUCGAUAGCACGACAGGAUAAAACAUCUAGUUCGAAUGAUCUAAACCAUACCCCUGAUGUGGUUCCAGGGACGAUUGAUGAAGUAUGCGUGGCUACAUUGGCACUAUCUUUGGUUGAAGCGAGUCUCAAGAUAUUAAUGAAACCACUAGAAGCUGCGGGGUACCAUGCUUCAGAAGUUGAGGAUGAAGUCUUAGAGGCUAUGAGUUUGGGCGAGACAGCUGUGGACUUGGAGCGUGAGGCCAAUCAAGAUGUGAAGGAUGCAGAGGCUGGUUUCCAGAGAUCACUAACUUCUCAUGCCCAAGGACAGGUUUUGGAUACUACUCUGGUAGAUGAUGAUGAAAUCUUGAGUGACAUGGCGGAAUAAGAGUUAGCAGUCGAUGAAGUGUACACUUGUGAGAUUUGCACCGUUUGAAAUUCUCAAGGCCUCCAAACCCUGUUUUCCAUCACCAAGUUACUAUGUUGUGUGCUCUUUGUUCUUCUGCUCUGCAAAAUAGUUGAGAAGAAUUCAUUGGAAUCUGUAGUUCGAGACUUAACUCUGAUCUAUUGAAGCUCCUGCAACUCAAUUGUUUGGAUGCAAAUGAUUGAGGAGGACUUGCGUUGCCUUUAUUCUGCAAAGCCUAAUGCUUUGAGUCUCUUGGGGCAUAAAUCCAGUGCCUAAUUUUUUUUUUUUUGUUUAUCUCUCCAUGAUACUCCCUAGUUUCCACUUUCUCGUUUGAUGAUAGAAACUUGUGCUUUGAUUUCAGGAAAGACAAGAGAUUCAAGACUUUGGAACCAAGGACGAUAGCGAAAGGGAGCACUAAAGUUUGUUCAGUUUCAUUUUUUUUUGGUGAAUUUGUUCAGUUUCAGUUUCAUGGUACAGUGUACACUAUGUGACUUGUCUUUUUCAAUUUCUUGUAUAAAUUGAAUAUUUUCUCAAAA